AGUUUGACAAUACAACCCGGCAUUGGAACGUAAACAAAUCCACUCGAGAAUAACAGCAGCUUUCCGCGCGUUGCAGGCGUCCGCAAAACCUUUCCAAAAGCCGUACACACCCCAAAAACGAUGACGAGCGACAAACGCACCGUGUACGUCGGGGGCCUCUCGGAGGAGGUGACAGAGAAGCUAAUUACCGACGCAUUCAUCCCGUUCGGUGACCUGGUGGACAUACAGAUGCCGAUCGACUACGAGUCACAGAAGCACCGCGGGUUCGCCUUCAUCGAGUUUGAAAACGCGGAAGAUGCGGCCGCCGCCGUCGACAACAUGAACGAUUCGGAGCUGUGCGGAAGGACGAUACGCGUCAACACGGCGAAACCGCAGCGCAUCAAGGAGGGCAGUAAUCGGCCUGUCUGGGCCGACGACAAUUGGUUGCAGAAGCACGCCGGGGCAACGCUCAAGAACGAUGGGGAGAAUGGUGCCGAGCAGCCGAUGGACACUGGCACGGAUGAGGUGCAGCCGAAGGAACCGAAAGCGGCGGAAGAGAAGAAGCGCAACCCGCAGGUGUUCUUCGACAUACGGAUAGGGAACAGUGAUGUCGGCCGUAUCAUCAUGGUGCUGCGGGCGGAUGUGGUGCCCAAGACGGCGGAAAACUUCCGUGCACUCUGCACCGGCGAACAGGGCUUUGGCUACAAGGGAUCGACCUUUCAUCGCAUCAUACCGGAGUUUAUGUGCCAAGGGGGCGAUUUUACCGCAAACAACGGCUCGGGCGGAAAAUCCAUCUACGGUAAGAAGUUUGCGGACGAAAACUUCAUCCUUAAGCAUACCGGGUUCGGUGUGCUUUCGAUGGCAAACUCUGGCCCAAACACGAAUGGAUCCCAGUUUUUCAUCUGUACGGAAAAAACUGACUGGCUCGACGGAAAGCAUGUCGUGUUUGGCAACGUUAUUAGCGGUGCCGAUGUGGUACGAAAAAUGGAACGCUGUGGAUCGAAGGGCGGACGAGUGCAGCAGAAGGUGACGAUUGUCGCCUGUGGUGAAGUGAAGGGUUAAUAAUAAAAAAACGCCCGAUUCGAAUUGUA